AUGUCAAAUUUUUAUACAAAAAAUUUAUACAUACCUAUGCCCUCUAAUAUUUCAUACUGAUGAAAUUUUGGGGCUUUGUUAGGAAUUUGCUUAACCAUUCAACUAUCAACAGGUUUACUCUUAUCUAUAUUCUAUGAGAACAGAGUAAUCUCUUCUUUUGAUUCAAUUAGCCAAAUCUCUCGAAAUAUAAACUUAGGCUGAAUGAUGCGUUCAAUACAUGCCAACGGAGCUUCCUUUUUUUUUAUUUUUAUUUACAUACAUAUUGGACGAAGCUUAAUAUUCAAAUCUUUCUCUAACCUAAAUAAAGUUUGAUUCUCAGGAUUCACUAUUUUAAUGCUAUUAUUUGCCACCGCCUUUUUAGGCUACGUACUUCCAUGAGGACAAAUAAGAUUUUGAGGUGCUACAGUAAUCACUAGUUUACUCUCUUCUUUCCCUUAUUUCGGACAAACAAUAACAACCUGGUUAUGGGGGAGGUUUUCAGUAAGAAAACCCACUCUAAUGCGAUUUUUCUCCCUACACUUUAUUUUACCUUUAAUCAUAACAAGUAUAGUACUGAUUCACAUUAUUUUUUUACACGAAAAAGGGUCUAAUAACCCCUUAGGCUUAAACUCAAAUUAUGAUAAAAUCCCUUUUUACCCUUUUUUUAUCUGAAAAGACUUACUAACUGUUUGGUUAUUUAUAAUAAUUUUUUUGAUUUUAUGUAACAUUUUCCCUUUUAUUUUUAUAGACCCUGACAAUUUCAUUAUAGCUAAUCCUUUAAGCACACCCCCUCAUAUCCAACCUGAAUGAUAUUUUUUAUUCGCUUAUGCAAUUUUACGAACCAUCCCUAAUAAGCUAGGAGGAGUGCUAAUAUUAUUUAUGUCUAUUUUUAUUUUAAUAACUUUACCUUUCAUUAAAUCUAUUAAAAUACACUUAAAUAACGAAACAAUAACCUUCAAAAUUUUUUAUUUUACCUGACUAAUAAACUUCUUAUUUUUGACUUUGAUGGGAGCCGCCCCUAUUGAAGAGCCUUUUAUAGAAACUUCUAUAUUUUCUAGACUGGUAUAUUUUAUUUUUUUCUUAAGAUAUUUAUAA